GCUUCAAACUUGAAAGUUUGAAAGACAGAAGAAACUAAGGCUUCACCUUCGCUGCUUUAAAUCCUUCUCUCCUCUGCCCCUGGAUGCAGGUGAUUCUUGAUUUCUCCUGAAGCUAUGGGCUCAAUGAACUCAAACAACUGGCUAUCCUUCCCUCUUUCCCCUACUCAGUCUUCCUUACCUCCACAACUCCAAGCCACUCAAUCCCAUCAGUUUUCUCUUGGCUUAGUCAAUGAUUCCAUGGAAAACCCUUUCCAAAACCACGAUUGGAAUCUGAUGAAUACACACGGAAGCAACGAUGAAGUUCCAAAGGUUGCACAGUCUGGAAUCAGUCAGAACUUUAAUGAAAUUCAGUCUUUGACAUUAUCCAUGGGUAGUGGUAAGGAUUCUACCUGUGAAACCAGUGGCGACAAUAGUACUAAUACUGCCGUCGAAGCUGCUGCACCCAGAAGAACUUUAGAUACAUUCGGUCAGCGAACAUCAAUCUAUCGCGGUGUAACCAGACAUAGAUGGACUGGAAGGUAUGAAGCUCAUCUUUGGGACAAUAGUUGUAGAAGGGAAGGGCAAUCACGAAAGGGACGCCAAGUCUAUUUGGGUGGAUAUGACAAAGAAGAGAAAGCAGCUAGGGCCUACGAUUUAGCGGCACUAAAGUACUGGGGAACAUCCACAACUACCAACUUUCCAAUCAGUAACUACGAAAAGGAGCUGGAGGAGAUGAAGCACAUGACAAGACAAGAAUUUGUGGCCGCCAUACGAAGGAAGAGCAGUGGGUUCUCAAGGGGCGCAUCAAUGUAUCGCGGAGUCACAAGGCAUCAUCAACAUGGUAGAUGGCAGGCAAGGAUCGGUAGAGUUGCGGGAAACAAAGAUCUUUACUUGGGAACUUUCAGUACUGAGGAAGAAGCUGCAGAAGCAUACGACAUAGCGGCGAUCAAGUUCAGAGGACUAAACGCAGUGACAAACUUCGACAUGAGCCGUUACGACGUGAAAGCCAUACUUGAAAGCAACACGCUUCCAAUCGGAGGAGGAGCUGCGAAACGACUGAAGGAAGCUCAGGCUCUGGAAUGUUCCAGGAAGAGAGAGGAAAUGAUAGCGCUCGGAUCGAGCUUUCAGUACGGCAGCGGCAGCGGAAGCGGCAGUUCUAGCAGGCUACAACUACAAGCCUACCCACUGAUGCAGUUGGAUCAGACGCAACCAUUGUUAAGCCUGCAGAACCAGGAGAUAUCUCAGUACCCGUCACUUCAUCAUCCCAGUUAUAUCCAAACCCAGCUUCAGCUGCACCAUCAAACUGCUUCUUCUAACUAUAGCUUUCACCAGUCACCGAGUAAUAACGCUCAGUUGUACAAUAGCUAUCUUCAGAACCACCCGGCUCUGCUUCAGGGUUUGAUGAACAUGGGUUCUUGUUCUUCUUCUGUGAUGGACAAUGACGGAGGGUCUAGUGGGAGUUACAGUGGAGGAGGGUAUAUGGGGAUGGCUUCCAACACGACGUCGGGGGGAUCCGCGGAGGAGCUGGCGCUGGUGAAGGUUGAAAACUACAACAUGCCGUCCAGUGGUUACGGCGGCGGCUGGCCGUCGGAGUCCAUGCAGGGAUCCAAUGCUGCUCUCUUUACUAUGUGGAAUGAAUGAUCCGUGAGGAAGGAGGAUCGGAGGAGGAGGGGCCAACCUAACU